AUGACGAGCCUCACAUUGUGCCUCUCCGAUUUUUAUUCGUCCAAUUUAAACUACUCGACAAGGCUUGUGCUUCACACAAGGGAUUCAAAAGGGCGAGUCACCGACGCUGCAUCGACCGCUCUAAGUUUGUUGAAGGAUGUGCAAGUUGAUGCGAUAAUCGGUCCUCAAAGAUCAUCACAAGCAACCUUCGUGAUUGGCCUCGGAGACGCAGCGAACGUGCCGAUUAUUUCUUUCUCCGCAACGAGUGCUUCUCUGCAUCCUCAAACUCCGUAUUUCCUUCAAACCGCCCUAAACGAUGCUGCUCAAGUUGAUGCUGUUGCUGCCGUAGUUAAGUACUUUCGUUGGUAUCAAAUUGUUCUCGUGUACGAAGAUUCGGAGUUUGGUAAUGGCAUUACUCCUUAUUUGGCUAAUGCAUUUCAACAAGUAAACGCUCGUGUUUCGUACCGAAGCAUUAUCCCUGUCUCGGCAAGUGACGAUUUCAUCCUUCAAGAGAUGUACAAGAUGAAAACUAUGCAGACGAGGGUGUUUGUUGUUCAUACGUCGAGCGUCCUUGCUUCUAGAAUCUUCCUCAAAGCAAAGGAAGCAGAAAUGACGAGCGACGGCUAUGCGUGGAUAGUGACAAGCGGAAUCAUGGAUUUAUUUUAUUCGUUGAACUCAAGUGUUGUAGAGUCCAUGCAAGGAGUUGUUGGUGUGAAACCGCUCGUUCCACGAUCGAGUAAACUCAAUUCCACCACCGUAAGGUGGAGGAAGAAGUUUGCAGAUGAUAAUCCAGGAAUCACUCCACAAGAAGAGAUAAACCUUUACGGGGUUUGGGCAUACGAUACAUUGUGGGCGUUGGCUAUGGCUGCUGAGAAAACGGGAUUUAAGGAGCCGAGUUCUUCGCCAAACUCGACAGACGUGUUUAGUACUGGAAUUUCACAAACAGGUCCGAAGCUUCUUGCUGCAAUGUUGGAUACUAAAUUCGAAGGGCUCGCCGGAAACUUCCAACUGGAUAACGGUCAACUAAAGCCGUCGUCUUUCGAGAUCUUGAAUGUAAAUGGAAAGGGGCUGAGACAAGUUGGAAUAUGGACACCGUUUGUUCAAAGUUCAAGUCAAGUGUACGGGAAUGCAACGGGUUUUACAGGUGAGAAAUUGGAGAAUAUUAUAUGGCCUGGAGAGUCGAGGAAUGUACCGAAGGGUUGGGAGGUUCCGUUAAGUGGUAAAAAGCUUAGAGUUGGAGUUCCGUCUGCUGCCGGUUUUCCGGAGUUUGUCAAAGUGGAAAGGGAUCCAAAAACAAAUAGCACAAAAAUAAGUGGUUUGUACAUAGAUUUGUUCGAUGCAAUCAUGGCAGAGCUACCUUAUGCAGUUCGAUACGAAUACGUCCCGUUUGCUGGGAGCUACGAUGAUUUAUCAUACCAAGUUUCUACUGGGAACUACGAUGCUUCUGUUGGAGACAUAACGAUCACAGCAACGAGAUCACGAUACGUCGUGUUCACACUUCCGAUAGAAGACGGUGGGGUGACAAGGAUACAGAAAAUUCAAUAUGAUAGCGACCCAAACGAUAAAUGGUUUUUCUUGAAGCCCCUCAAUUGGAAACUAUGGUUAACUAUCUUAGCCCUCGUCAUUUUCACAACAUUGGCUAUCUCGAUUCUCGAGCGCAAGUUUAAAAUCGCUUUCAUGUCAAUAGUAUUCUCCCACAGUGAGGAUAUCGCGACGAAUUUAGCUCGAGUGGUGGUAGUAGUGUGGAUGCUAGUGGUGCUGGUGUUGCACUCGACUUAUACAGCAAGUCUAGCGGCGAGAUUAACAGUAUUCAAGCUCCAACAAGGCGAUGCAGAUAUAAACAUACUCAUCAGAAACGGAGAUUACGUGGGGUGCCGUGAGGGCACUUUCCUUGUGGAGUUUUUGAAAAGGCUAGGGUUCCACGAAUCGAGGAUCAGGACUUACAAACUUCCGGAAGAAUUCGAGAGUGCGUUGUCUAAAGGAAGCGAAAAGGGUGGUAUAAGGGCAAUGUUUUCUCGGACGCCUUACGCGGAUCUUUUCUUGUCCAAGUACUGUGUUAAGUACAUGAAAGUGGGGUCACCUUAUCUUACGGAAGGGAUUGCCUUUGGUUUCCCGAAAGGGUCGCCGUUGGUUGGCGAUGUGUCUAGUGCUAUUACUGAACUGACGGAUAAUCAGAGGAUAUCGGAAAUAAAGAAACGUUGGAUAAGACAAUCUGGAUGUACUGAAAACGAUCCGUCUCAGUUCGGUUGGACGGAUAUCGGGUUGAAGAGUUUUAAAAUCUUGUUCGGAGUAACGGGGGCUGUCACCGGGGCAUGCGUUCUGCUGUUUUUAGUGUCGUUUCUAUGCAAAAACAGAGAUGAAGUGAAGAGGAUCUACAACGAAACGCACCCCGAUAUUUGGUCCAAAGUCGAAGCAAUUUGCAUGCUUUUUAAUCAACAAAACAUCAGACCGGAGUAG